CCGAGCUAGAAACACAGGGAAGAAGUAUGACGGCUGCAGCUUCCUCAGUUGCAAGGGAUGUGGAAUGAGUGGGCUUCAGCUCACUGCGUGGAAAUUCACGAAGAGUCCAGAGGGUGCCCGCUCGAGAGCUUUUUCACGGAUCUCAUCACAAGCUUCAGGUUCCCGAUAGACGUUGCUGACCCUGAUUUCGCGGAUGGCCUCCUCCGCGACCAACUCGGCCCGGAGUGGAAGGUCAAAAUCGAUUUCAUGGUCUAUACGAAUCAGUUGGGGCCUGAGAACCCGUUCUUCAAGAAGCGCGCUCGCGAGCUCAUGACUAGCUACCUCACGUUCCGUAACGCGUUGAUGGACCAGUCCAACGAAGCGGGAUUGAGAAGGGGUGUUGAUAACCUCCUCGAUCUCGUAUGGACAUACUCUGGACUUCAGGAAACCCUCUACAAGGUCAAGGCAAAUCUCGCGCUUCCUUGCCCCUUCCUGAACCAGGCGCCCAAGAAUGCCACUGCCGACGGAAUUGUCACGUAUGACCUCCUUAGUGCGGAGAACAUAGAUUUGGGGGAUCUGGGGAUCUCUCGAUCCUGGUGCGUCGAUAUCAGCUCAGAAGACAGGCCACGCUCGUAUCAGCCGAUCGUCAUGGCCUUCGAAACAAAGGCAGAUGCCAGCAAUGUGAAUACUCGCACUGGUCUUCACCAGCUAGUAACGGGUAUGGCAGCCGCUCUCCAUCAUCGCAUCUCAUUGGUCUGGAGGGUAGUCGCGACGAUCUCGUUUAUGGUUUGUUGCAUGUCGGUAGCAAGCUCCGUCUAUACGUGGGAUACACGACAGAACGGAGGGAGCCACAUAAACUCGACUCUCCUCCUGACUUCAUCGCGAGAGACGUGAUUGUCCACCGGACGCCCUUGGAAUGGUUCAUCGAACGACCGGAUGAGUUUAUUCAAGCGUACCUUCAGCUCCUU